CGAACAGCAUCAUUAAACAAACAUCCCAUUCAAUCGGUGAGUGUCACAAGUCACAACACAAGCCCCGACCAAGUCAAGAACAGAGAAAAAAAAAAACAAAAGAAAACAAAUUAGGAAUUGAAUUCCCGUUGUCUGUAAGAAGAAUCACCGGCUUUGGUUUGUCCAGCACAUGAGCAGCACCAAAACCCUAACCUCAGAUGAAGCAACCUAUCACAAUCUCCCCCUUUAUUAAACAAUUGAAAUCCCCAAACCCUCUCCCUCCGUUUUCCCCCUUUUCCCACUCACACUAACCCCACUCUCUCUCUCUCUACAUUUCCAACAGUGCUAUCUGUCGCCUUCAAUUGCGACUUUCCACCACUAACCCUCUCUCUCUUCGCUUUCGCAUAUAAAAAUUAGGGCAUUUCGGAAUGAAUCAAAUUGGUACUGCCACAGAGGCCGAGCCCCUCGCUCAGUCUCCCCAAGACACUCCCAACGCCUCCGACAAACCCGAUUCCGCCGCCGCCGUCGCCGCCGAAGAACAGGACCUCGCGCCCGACGAGAAGCCGCCGCACGACCCACAACCCAUGGAGGAAGAUCCGGUCAACCCCGCCACCGUUUUCUCCAUCAAGCUCAAGCAGCCGAGGUCCAAUUUGCUGCACAAAAUGAGCGUCCCCGAACUUUGUCGCAAUUUUAGUGCUGUUUCCUGGUGUGGAAAACUGAAUGCUAUAGCUUGUGCAGCAGAAACAUGUGCCAGAAUUCCAAGUUCAACUGCAAAUCCACCAUUUUGGAUCCCUAUACAUAUUGUGAUCCCAGAGAGGCCAACUGAAUGUGCAGUUUUCAAUGUUAUAGCAGAUUCUCCUCGUGAUUCUGUCCAGUUCAUCGAGUGGUCUCCAAUCUCUUGUCCCCGUGCAUUACUAAUUGCAAAUUUCCAUGGGAGGGUAACUAUUUGGACUCAACCUUCUCAAGGGCCAGCUAAUCUUGUCCGUGAUACUAGCUGUUGGCAGCGUGAGCAUGAGUGGCGGCAAGACAUUGCAGUUGUUACAAAGUGGCUAUCAGGGGUGUCUCCGUAUAGGUGGCUUUCAUCCAAAUCGAGUGCUUCCGCCAAUACUAAGUCGACAUUUGAGGAAAAGUUUCUUUCGCAGCAAUCUCAAACUUCAGCUAGAUGGCCCAAUUUCCUGUGUGUCUGUUCUGUGUUCUCAUCAGGCUCAGUUCAACUUCACUGGUCUCAGUGGCCUCCUAGUCAGAGUGGAACAACACCAAAGUGGUUUUGCACUAGUAAAGGACUUUUGGGUUGUGGGCCCAGUGGCAUUAUGGCUGGUGAUGCUAUCAUAACUGACAGUGGAGCCAUGCAUGUAGCAGGUGUACCAAUUGUUAAUCCAUCCACCAUUGUCGUUUGGGAGGUCACACCUGGGCCUGGAAAUGGUUUCCAGGUAGCUCCAAAGACAAGUACCACUUGUGGUGUCCCACCUCUUAGCCCGCCCAACUGGGCUGGUUUUGCACCUUUAGCUGCAUAUUUAUUUAGUUGGCAAGAUUAUCUAUUAUCUGAAGCAAAGCAAGGGAAAAAACAGACUGACCAAAACCUUGGUGAUGCUGUACCUCUAUAUUGCUCGCCAGUCUCAAAUUUUUCAGCAUACGUGAGUCCUGAAGCUGCAGCUCAAUCUGCAGCAACCACUACAUGGGGUUCUGGAGUAACAGCAGUGGCCUUUGAUCCAACUCGUGCCGGUUCGGUGAUAGCUGUUGUGAUAGUUGAAGGACAGUAUAUGUCCCCUUAUGAUCCAGAUGAGGGCCCAUCAAUUACAGGGUGGAGAGUGCAACGGUGGGAAUCAUCUUUACAGCAUGUUGUUCUCCAUCCUAUAUUCAGAAACCCUACUUCAAGUAUGGGUGGACAACCGCCUAUGCAAACUGUUUGGCAGUCCAAAGUGGACCUGAGUAUACCUCCAACAAAUGAUUUUAAGAACCAUCAAUCACCUGCAAUUGGAAUGGCUGCUGAUAUGCAAAAGGCAUCUGAGUCUGUUUCUGAUAAAUCAAAAAGGGUCAAUUUUGAUCCAUUUGAUCUCCCAAGUGAUGUCAGGACACUUGCCCGAGUUGUUUACUCUGCUCAUGGUGGUGAAAUUGCCAUUGCUUUUCUUCGAGGUGGUGUCCAUGUCUUCUCUGGUCCAAAUUUUACUCCUGUAGACAACUAUCAAAUUAAUGUUGGAUCUGCAAUUGCUGCUCCCGCUUUUUCUUCAACAAGCUGCUGUUCAGCUUCUGUUUGGCAUGAUUCUAGCAAAAAUUGUACAAUAUUGAGAAUAAUUCGGGUUCUUCCUCCAUCUAUUCCCAUUAGUCAAGUAAAGGCCAAUUCAUCGACUUGGGAACGGGCAAUUGCUGAAAGGUUUUGGUGGAGCCUUUUAGUUGGGGUUGAUUGGUGGGAUGCUGUGGGCUGUACACAGAGUGCUGCCGAAGAUGGUAUUGUUUCACUUAAUAGUGUAAUUGCAGUCUUGGAUGCGGAUUUCCAUUCUCUCCCUUCUGUUCAGCACAGGCAACAGUAUGGUCCUAGUCUAGACAGGAUAAAAUGUAGGUUGCUAGAAGGAUCAAAUGCCCAAGAGGUAAGGGCGAUGGUCCUGGAUAUGCAAGCUAGGCUGUUGUUGGAUAUGCUUGGGAAAGGAAUUGAGUCUGCAUUGAUAAAUUCUUCAGCUUUAGUUCCUGAGCUUUGGCAAGCAUCUGCUGAAACAUUAUCCAGCAUUGACCCUGAAUCAAUGGCUGUUGAACCUGCACUAAUUCCUAGUAUUCAGGCUUAUGUGGAUGCAGUUCUUGAUUUGGCUUCACAUUUUAUUACUCGAUUGCGACGUUAUGCAAGUUUCUGUCGCACAUUGGCAAGUCAUGCUGUGACUGCAGGCACUGGAAGCAACCGUAAUAUGGUUGCUAGUCCUACCCAAAGUUCAGCAACACCUGCAACAAGUCAGGGAGGUCAAAAUGGGACCAGCAGCUCUAUGGGCAGCACCCAGUUGCAAACCUGGGUGCAAGGAGCUAUAGCCAAGAUUAGCAACACAAGUGAUGGAGGAGCCAAUCCAACUCCUAAUCCCAUCAGUGGCCCCUCCACAUUUAUGCCUAUUAGCAUUAAUACCGGAACAUUUCCUGGAACACCAGCAGUUAGACUUAUUGGGGACUGUCAUUUCCUUCACAGACUAUGCCAACUUUUGCUCUUUUGCUUUUUCUUUAGACGAACUCAACAUCCUCGUUAUAUGGGGGUUGCAAAUAGAACUGCUGAUACAAAUAUACAAAAGCCUCAAUCUAAUGCUCCUGCUCCUGGCAAGGUGGAGGAUAUUGGAAAACCAGUUUCUGCUGUGGUUAAGUCAGAUGAUGGUCAGGCAGGUCGAGCUGGUGUAAAAGGAGCUGAAGAAGUACCAUCUGGGCGUUCAAGAUUGGGUAGUGGGAAUGCUGGCCAGGGAUAUAUGUUUGAUGAGGUCAAGGUGCUUUUUAUGAUGCUUAUAGAUCUAUGCCGCCGAACAGCUGGGUUGCAACACCCAUUGCCAGUUUCUCAAGUGGGGAGCAGCAACAUUCAAGUUCGGUUACAUUAUAUUGAUGGAAACUAUACUGUACUGCCAGAGGUUGUGGAAGCUUCCCUUGGUCCACAUAUGCAGAAUAUGCCCCGUCCCAGAGGUGCCGAUGCUGCUGGUCUUCUUCUACGUGAACUAGAACUCCACCCUCCAGCUGAAGAGUGGCAUAGACGAAAUAUGUUUGGUGGACCUUGGUCGGAUCCGGAGGAUGUGGAUUUUGCAAAUGAUGCACCUAAACUUGUUAAUUCUGACCCUCUUGAUUUCAGCCCAUUGGAGCAUUGUGAUGUCUACUAUGGAACUCAACGUUUAUGGCCAAAGAAGCGCAGAAUGUCUGAAAGAGAUGCAGCUUUUGGGUUGAACACUUCUGUGGGCUUGGGAGGUUAUCUUGGAAUAAUGGGAUCUCGAAGAGACGUUGUUACUGCAACAUGGAAGACUGGCCUUGAAGGAGUCUGGUACAAGUGUGUAAGAUGUCAGCGGCAGACUUCUGCUUUUGCUUCACCAGAUGCUGCUGCUUCUCCCGAUCAGAAUGAGCGGGAGAUAUGGUGGAUCAGCCGCUGGGCAUAUGGCUGCCCAAUGUGUGGCGGAACAUGGGCUCGGGUUGUAUAAAUGUCUUCAAUGUUAUUUGAAGUUUCACUUUACGUAAAGGGAGGCAUGGCUAUAUUAAUGGCUAACAGUGAAAUGAAUCAGAUGAAUUGCUGACUGAAGUUGUACAGGAGGUGUAGAUUUGCUUGAUAAGGUGGUUGUUGGCAUGUUGUUAUCAUUGGUGACCAUACUAUCCGGGAUUUGAGUUUUUUUCCUUCUGAUUACCCUGCUGGUUUUCUAUUUUUUUUUUGAAAAUCAGUUUCAGAUAUCAAUUUUUUGGAGUAAUUAUUGUCAAGUCACUCCACAAACAGUAAUGGUUAAUUUAUCCAUAGAGUGCUUGUAGUUAACUCCUUGCAGGUAUGUAAUAUCUCAUUUGGACUUCUCUACUUUUAAAAUAACUCGAGUGCAUACCAUCAUGAAGGUAUUAUGUGCAUGACAUGUAAAAAGUUGAACAAUAUUCUUAUUUCUUAGUUGACUAUGGUUCAUGAUAAACCAUUUUUAAAAAUACACAGAUAAUACUUGUAUUCCGUCCUUUCUGUUAAAAUAUUAAAAUUUUAAAAUUUAGUGUCAGCAUUGUCGACAGUGGACCAUGUUCAUUCUAGAGGCGCUUCUUCAUUCUUUGAUCAUUUACAAGAUAGCUUGCUUGAUAUUAGAUGCACAGUUGCCGAGUUACAAAUUAAAUUUCUACUAACAUGUAAAUGCAUGAAAAAUCAGAUGGAGGAUUGUUGUGGAAUUAACUUCUGUCUUGCAACAUUCUCCUUAGUCCUUACAAAUAACAAUGGCUUUUAUAAACUAUUCAUUUGAUAAUACAGAUUGUGAAUCUGCUUGCUGUUUCGUGAUGUGGCUGUAACAAUGAGUGAGAAGUUGCUGUUGGGGAAUCAGAGAUUAGGAGCCUAUAUUAGUUGUCACUCUUUAAUCCCCGAGAAAUCUCUGCAACUGUCUUCACCAUGACAUCUCGGCGUUAUGGAGCAGGUGGCAAGCAAUACAAGCCAUGUAAUUGUUAGAUUAGGUUAGCAUCUUAUUAGCUUCUCUGUAAAUUGAUGAAACAUUUUAUUUUAUUUUAUCGGGGUACAUCGUAAGAAGAUAUGAUUCAAUGUACUGGACUGGCCUAUAUUUUUUAAUUAGGGUUAGGGUUAGGGGUCUCCUUUAACAUUAUGCAGUUUUAGUAAAGCCUAACCUCGUACAGAACUAAACAUGAUGUUACUCGUCUUAUAAAUGCUUAUUGCCUUCUUCAAGCCAAACAUUAUUCACUUUUUUACGUGGUUCAA